GUAUAGUUCAUGCUUUAAAACUAUACGCAACGAAACAGUGCUAUUAUUUAUUUAAUUAAUAUGAAAUAAACAAUUACGAAUAUGAUGUUAUUUUUGUUUAUUGUGGCUUUAUGUGGUGUAACAAUUGAUGGUUGGAGUGACACCAAACAGAGGAGUUUCAAAGAUGACUUCAAAUUUGGUGUAUCGUCAGCUGCUUAUCAAGUUGAAGGGGCAUGGGAUACUGAUGGCAAAGGUGAAAGUAUAUGGGACAGAUAUAUGCAUAGUCAUCCAGAAUUAAUAGCGGAUGGCAGAAACGGCGAUGUCGCAUGCGAUUCCUAUCAUAAAUAUAAACGAGACGUGGAAUUACUGCGAGAGCUCGGUGUGGAUUAUUACAGAUUCUCUAUAUCUUGGCCUAGAGUGCUGCCAUCUGGUUUUCCACAUGAUCAGAACGAGCACGGUUUCCAAUACUACGAUAGCUUAAUAGAUGAACUUUUACAUUACAAUAUAACACCAAUGAUUACAUUGUAUCACUAUGAUUUACCACAAAAACUACAAGAUUUAGGUGGUUGGGUAAAUCCUCUAUCUAUUGAUUGGUUCGAAGAUUAUGCGAGGGUAGUUUUCAAUAAAUACGCACAUAAAGUACCAUAUUGGAUAACUAUAAACCAACCAAAUGCGAUAUGUAUAUACGGAUAUGGAGAUACUAUGUUAGCACCGGGAAUUAACAUUAAAGGUGUAACGGAAUAUCAAUGUGCUAAGAAUAUAUUAUUAGCCCAUGCUAAAGUUUUUAGGUUAUAUGAGAGAGAAUUUAAAAAGAAGUAUAAAGGAUCCGUUGGUAUAUCGAUGUCAAUAAAUUGGGCUGAUCCAUUGAAUAAUAAAACUGAAAAUGUUGAAGCCGUAGAAAAAUAUCGAGAAUUUGAGGUAGGCGUAUAUUUAGAUCCAAUAUGGUCAAAAAAUGGAGAUUUUUCACCUAUGGUCAAAAAAAUUAUAGAAAAGAAAAGUAAACAACAAGGUUUUUAUAGAUCACGAUUGCCAACACUAAGCCCUGAAGAAAUAAAAUUGUUAAAAGGUUCAGCGGAUUUCCUUGGUGUUAAUCAUUAUACUACAUUUCUGAUUAAACCUUCAACUAAAAAUAUCCAUUCUCCAUCGUACGCAGACGACAUUGGUGUAGACUUAGUGUAUGGUGAACAAUGGGAAAAAUCCGCGUCGCAAUGGCUUAGAAGUGCUCCUUAUGGUCUAUACAAGUUAUGUAUUUUCCUUAAUUUACGGUACGAUUAUCCAACAAUGUUCAUAACAGAGAAUGGCUGGUCA